ACAACCACUUAAACGUCACGUUCCAAUAAACUGUCUACUCGCGUGCAGCCCCCUUUCCCUGCCCCCGGACACACUUCAACUUGACAACCAGCAAAUGUCAAAACGUGAACAAAAACAAUGGGUGAACAUCCCGAGCUCUACUUGAAAGUUCGGAAAACCACCGAGAAGAUUUCGGAAAACAUGCACAUCGUUGCCAAUGAGCCGUCGAUGGCGUUGUAUCGGAUUCAGGAGCACGUUCGGAAGGUCCUGCCGCCAAUAGUGGACAAACGGGCAGAAGUUAUCCAGCUACAAAACGACCUAAAGGGACAUUGCUACGACAUGGAGUACGCCGUGAGCGCGGUCAAGUCGAUAGAAAAGUCAGACGAGACGUUCAAGAACAUCCAAGAAUUGUUAAAAAACGCGAUAUUCCUGAAGCAGCAGCUCAAAUAUGAGGAGUCGCGCAGGGUGAAAAGGGACACCAAUCAGAAUUCAGUGUACAAGAGACUGUCUGCCCACAUAACGCUUGAUUUACCUGAAAUGCCUGACAUCUCAGGCGUUGUCCGGGAGACGACGAGUCGCGUGGAGCAUAUGAUGGGCGGCUCGGCCAGGGCGAGUGGUGGCACGGGUGAACUCCAGAGAUCUCACACGACACUCCAUUAGAAAUUAGUGUAAGCUUCGCCAUUCAUUAAGCAUAUUCUAGUAUUAUAUCAUGUUUUCGUAGAAAUACAAUUCCCAACUUCCAGCUAGGAAGGAAAGGUUGAUUAAACUCGCUUGUAAUGUCUAAAAUGAGAUAAAUAAAAUUCAUUCAAAGAUUUUGAAUGAAACUAUGUUAAUAA